UCUUCUCCUCUCUUUCCUUUCAUUAUUCCAAAACCCUAAUACAAGAUCUUACAAGAAAACAUAUGAUCCAACAACUCUCAAAUCUCUACACUAUAAACAACCAUCAUGUUUGAUUUUUUCUUUUCUUUCUAAUCAAACGUGUGUGAAAAUAACCUUAAUACCUAGUGGUCCAUGAAUAAGAGGCAAAGGACAAGUUUGUUAAGUUAACUAUUAAUUUUGUAGAUCUUUCAAGAUAUAAGGAGACAUGGAUUCUUGCAAUAGUGGUAGUGUACAAUCUUCAAGUGGUGAUGAUCAAGAAUAUGAUUCAGUACAUCAUGGAGCAUCACCAAUAUCAACUUUCUUGAAUUCUUCAAACCAUUUUGGUUCAAUCUCAUCAAGUGAUCAUCCAUUAUUACCACAAUUUCAUUCUCAACAACCCUCUCUCUUUAAUCCUCAUGACACACAAAAUUUCAACUCCAAUUUUCAUGAUUCAACAAAUGUUCCAUACAACAAUGAUCUUAUUUGGCCUAAAGACAUUACAAGAUCUAAUCAGCACCCUAACAAUAAUUUCAACAACUUUGGAAACUUAACAUCCUCAAUAUCACCAAAUCUUCCUCCUCCUCCUCCUCAUCAUCAUCAUCACCAAGCUCCAUACUAUGAUUCUCCUACAAUACCAAUAAACCCCUCCAUUGUUCAACCUAAUAUGGGAAAAAAUCCAAGAAAAAGAAGUAGGGCAUCGAGGCGUGCCCCAACAACUGUCCUCACCACAGACACUACAAAUUUUCGACAAAUGGUUCAAGAAUUUACUGGGAUCCCAACAACACCAUUUACAGGUUCUGCCUACACUCGUCGCUUUGAUCUUUUCUCAACCGCUAGCUCAGCCAUGAAAAGAUCAGCUCAUAUGGAUAAUUUGGGACCUCUUAAUUAUACUCUUAGGCCAUCUACACAAAAGGUUCAAAAUUCUCAAUUUAUGCCACACUUUUUGAGUUCUAGCAUGAUUAAUAAUCAUGAUACAUUAAUAAUGCCAACAAAUAAUAGCAUAGUUGGUGCUACAAAUAAUACAAAUGCUUCCACAUUUGAUCAAAUUAAUAAGUCAUUUACUAGUACAAUUCCAUCUCAUUUGGAUGAAAUGGGGAUGAACCAUCAUGAGCAAAUUAGUGCAAAUCUUGGUGGAUUUGAUCAAUGUGGGACAUUUGGUGGAGAUCAAGAACAAUCAAGAAAAGAUAGGAACAUUUCAAGAUUAUUGUUUGAUGGGAAUAUAUAGUGGUAGUACUAAUUAUUCACAACAUUCAUGUUGGUGGAUAUUUAUAUUAUUGAAUUGUUCAAGCUUCUUCAACAUGAGAAUUCAAUCAUCUUUAGAUGAUUUGAUUGAUCCUAAUUAAUUAGUUUUUUAGUCUUAGAUUAACGUUAUGGACAAUGUUUACUAUGAUCAAGUAUGUGGAGAAUUCAUUGAUGACGUUGUUCAUCUUGAUUAUUUGUUUAA